AUGCAGUUGACCAACACAGGCACCGAAGGGCUUGCCAUGGAGCGGGCCAGCGAGUUCCUAUCUCAGUCUACCCAAUCCUCUCCAGAAUGGUGUAACCAGAAAAUCUUCCAGAAGAAUCGUCUGGCCCCUCGCUCGUACUUCAUACCAGACACUUCGAUCUGCCUGAAUGGGAAGUGGAUGUUUGCCUACUCCUCAAGUCCACAGGAGGCACCUGAUUGCCAUGUGAUUAGCACGCAGCCCACGACCGCGUUUGAUGAUGGGGAUGAAAACUGGGCGGCUAUAGACGUCCCUGGACACUGGCAACUCCAAGGGCAUGGCAGACCUCAUUAUACAAACGUGGUAUUUCCAUUCCCUGUUUGUCCACCGUACAUACCCACAGAGAACCCAACAGGGACCUAUCACCGCAGCUUCACGGUGCCCUCGUCAUGGGACGAGUCGAGCCAGUUCAGGCUAAGGUUUGACGGAGUCGACAGCGCAUUUUACUUGUGGUUGAAUGGCACACAGAUUGGGUACUCCCAGGGGAGCAGGAAUCCUGCUGAAUUCGACGUCACAAAAUUCGUGCUUCGGGAUAAGCCCAAUUACGUUGGCGUCCAGGUGCUUCAAUGGUGUUCAGGAAGCUAUAUCGAGGAUCAAGACCAGUGGUGGCUUUCGGGUAUUUUCCGCGAUGUGCAUCUUAUUGCGUUUCCAGCUCGCGCGCGAAUUGACGAUUUCUUCGUCCAAACGCUCUUGGACGAGGGCUACAGGAAUGCGGCGCUGAGUAUCGAUCUUGAUCUUGCACUCAUUGACGCCGCCUUGGUAUCAUUUGAGCUGAAGGACAGCGAAGGCAACAUUGUUCAUAGAGAUGAGGGCAUCAAAGUUGCGGCUAAGUCUACCAGAUAUGCUCACUCAAUCAAGGUCGAUAAUCCGCACAAAUGGACUGCCGAGACGCCAUAUCUGUACCACUUGCAGAUCUCCUUACACGAUUGUGAGAGAAUCCUGCUCCAGAGGACCCGGCACCGCGUGGGCUUCCGCUCUGUCGAGCUUAAGGACGGUAACAUCUGCGUGAACGGCAGGCAAAUACUGUUCCAAGGGUCAAACCGUCACGACAAUCACCCGCACCUCGGACGUGCCGUAUCGAUGGACUGGGUCCGGCGUGACCUCCAACAAAUGAAAGCACACAAUAUUAAUGCAGUGCGAUGCUCGCACUAUCCCUCCCAUCCCAGUCUACCGGGACUCUGCGAUGAAUUGGGCCUCUGGCUAAUUGACGAGGCUGAUCUCGAGUGCCAUGGCUUUGACGCCGCUGUUGCCGCCAACCUCAGUCUCGAAGGCCUGAGCUAUGACGAGAAGGUGGCUCGAACAUCCAAGGACGCGGCCAGUUACACAUCUGACAACCCAGACUGGGAAUCUGCCUACCUCGACCGGAUGCAUCAGCUCGUCGAGCGAGACAAGAAUCAUGCGAGCGUCAUCAUCUGGUCUCUGGGGAACGAGGCCUUCUACGGCCGCAAUCACGCUGCAAUGUCAAGGUGGGCCAAGCAGCGAGAUCCAAGUCGCUUAAUACAUUAUGAACCAGACGCUCAAGCUCACACCACAGACAUGAUUUCCCACAUGUACACAUCUCCAGCAGAGUUGAAGAAAGAAGCCGAAGCCGAAGGCGACAAGUUUGCGAAACCAAUCAUCCUCUGUGAAUAUGCUCAUGCGAUGGGCAAUGGACCAGGCCUUCUGCAGACGUACCAAGACCUGUUCCGUGCCCACAGGCGCCUUCAAGGCGGUUUCAUCUGGGAGUGGGCCAACCACGGUCUGUGGAAGAAAGAUCCUGAUGGCAAGAAAUACUAUGCCUAUGGCGGGGAUUUUGGCGACGUCCCUAAUGACGGAACAUUCGUCAUGGACGGACUGUGUCAUAGCGAUCAUACGCCCACGCGAGGUCUUGUCGAGUUGAAAAAGGUAUUCGAACCCAUAACAGCGAGGCUUGACAAUGACCAGCUUGUCGUGCAAAACCAUUACGAUUUCGUGGGGUUGGAACAUGUCAAGGCAGAAUUUGUGGUACACAGUCUUGGACAAGGGUCUCGAUUACUUUCAGCGGGUGAGCUACUCCUGCCUUCGAUCUACCCAGGCCAGGAAGGCAGGGUACAAUUACCGGAAGAAGAGGUUCUCCGAUUCAAGAACAACGAGGACGAUGGCGGCGACAACGAGUGCUGGUUACUCGUCACAUUGCGCCAGAAGGAAGAUAAACCGUGGGCCAAAGCCGGCCAUACGAUCGCGUGGUAUCAAACACAGCUGUCGAAACCACGCACGAGGAAGCCUUCCCAGCAUCAAAGUCCAGGCACGUCAUCACCCUCGCUCACCCUCGCGACCACUCGUCUGGCCUAUACCAUCACCACUGGAUCCACGACGAUAACAUUCGACCGCACCAGAGGCCAUAUCUCCUCCUUGACACACAACAAUCACCCCCUACUAGUCGACACACGCGUCGCAAGCUACAAUCCCGCCUCCCCGUCUCCGCUCUUCGCCUUGGACUUCUGGCGUCCCCCCACGGACAACGACGCAGCAUGGCAGACGGGCGAGUGGAAACGUUACGGUCUGCACCUGAUGACGAGCCGUUUGAAGAGCAUAGUUGCACACGCUGACUCGGACUCGAAUUCAACGUCUGCCACAACAGAGAACAUGACGAUCAAAGCCGCGACGAUAACAAUCCGCGCGCAACAUGUCCUCGCACCACCCAGUCUAGCAUGGCACUUUGACACCACCACAACCUACACAAUCCGUGCCGCGUCUCCACGAUCACCGUCCUCGCGCACCAACGAAUUCAACCCUCAGGUCGUCAUGAAGGCCCACACCCAUCUCCGUCCCCGCGGUGCAUUCCCACCAAACCUCCCGCGGAUAGGACACAACAUCCAGCUCUCCCCCGCGUACACGCACGUCAAAUGGUUCGGGAGGGGUCUCCUCGAGAGCUACAAUGACAAACGCCUCUCCCAGCGCGUGGGCGUCUGGUCGAGCACCAUCGCGGACAUGCACCAGCGGUACGACGUGCCCCAGGAGAACGGAAGUCGGACGGACGUGCGAUGGUGUUGUGUCGAGGCUCCUCAGACCGGUGGUUUACCUAGCCUACGAGCGAGCUACACGCCCGGGCGAGACCCGGCAGAUCGUCCGCACAUGCAAUUCUCAACGCAACUAUACGACGCACUUACUGUGGAAGAAGCAGCCCAUCCGUGCGACUUGGAGCUCGAGAGCGCACGCAGGCGUGGCGCCGUAUGGAGUGUCGAUGCGGACGUCGCGGGUGUGGGUACCGCGGCGUGUGGUCCCGGCACUGAGGAAAAGGAUCAGGUCUUGACGCGGGAGAGGGAGUGGAGUUUGACGGUGGAGGUGUUGUGA